AAAUGCCCCUAACCGGCGAGGAUACCAGCAGUGAUUUUGCUCAUCAAGACAAGCAAAAAUUGAUAAAUGUGAGAAGAUACAUCAAAGGCCGCAUAUCACUUGUGGAAAAUGAGCUGGGGGACAUUUCUACCGUAAAAUCCACCGCCAUGUUGGAUGUUGCCGCCGAACGAAUUAGCAGUCUUUUUACGAGAUUGGAGGACGUCAAUCUCAAUUUGGAAUCGAUGGAUACUUCAGAGACCGCUGAGGGAUCGAAAAUCGAGUCAAGGUGUCAAAGAAUACUAACUGACAUUCGUGAACGUCGUGAGGCGCUGAAGCAUCAUUGUAACUCAUCGGCGAGUGACUCCGGAUCGACGCAAGAGCACCAGCAUAAACCGAAUCUUCCCAAGAUAUCGUUGCCCAAGUUCAGUGGAAGUUAUGGAGACUGGCUGUCGUUCAAGGAUUUAUACGUCACUAUGGUACACGGAAAUGAAGAUUUAAGUCCCGUGCAGAAGUUCUAUUACUUGAAGUCGUGUUUGGUCGGCGAAGCUGCCUCUUUGGUUACGACUUUGGAAUGUACGAACGAAAACUACGUGAAGGCAUGGUCUGCGAUUACAUCAAGAUAUGACAAUAAGCAGCGCUGCCAAGCAUUAGAUAUGCUAUGCCGUGAUGAAGCAGUGAGCACUACAAAGGUUGUGCCUCCGGCAAAAAGCACUAGUCAUGUGACUGUUGGCAGCGGCAGUAAUGCAAAUGGAGAAAAGGUGCGAACAGAGCUACCUUGAUUCUGUGUCCAGGGAUGAAGAAGGAAGGUAUCAUGUCGAUUUGCCAAUAAACAAAGAACUUCUACCAAAACUAGGUAAUUCUUACAAUGUUGCUUUUCGUUGUCUUAUGUCAUUGGAGAAAAAAUUCCAAAAUAAUUCUGACUUUUUUAAGGCCUAUAAAGCUUUUAUUGAGGAAUUUCUUAAACUUGGCCAUGCUCACUUUGUUCAUAUAAAUCCACACAAAAGUGAUGAAAUUGAAUAUUACAUGCCUCAUCAUGCUGUCUUGAAGGAAAGUUCCUCUACUACCAAGCUUAGGAUUGUAUUCAAUGGUUCUCAACCCACUUCUACGGGCUUGAGCUUAAAUGAUGUACUUCUUGUGGGUCCUGUUGUUCAACCUGACAUGUUUACCAUACUUCUGAGAUUUCGUACCUAUGUUUAUGUUUUUGUGUCUGAUAUAACUAAAAUGUACAGGCAAAUUCGAGUGAAACCUCAGUAUCAAGCACUUCAGCGCAUCCUGUGGAGAGAUGAUCCAUCGCAUGAUAUACAGUGUCUUCAGCUGGAUACUGUUACAUAUGGAACAGCAUCAGCCAGUUACCUUGCUACACGGACAUUGGUGAAAUUGGUUGAGGAUGAAGGUGAUAAUUUUCCAUCUGCUUCUAAGGCAUUACUUCAAAGUACCUUCGUUGAUGACAUUUUGCAUGGCGAGAAUGAUCUUUCUUCUGCAUUAAAUACCAUAAAUGAGUUGCAAGAGUUGUUAGCUAAAGGAAGGUUUGAAUUGCACAAAUGGUACUCUAAUAGCUCAAUGUUAAUGUCGCAAUUUCCUCCUGAAAAACUUGAAAAAUGUCAUUUUUCCUUUGACAAUAAAGAAGGUUCUUGUAUUAAAACGCUAGGUUUGAAGUGGGAGCCAAACUCAGAUAAAUUUCAGGUCGAGGUACCUAAAUAUACUUCCACUAGUCAUACCAAAAGAAAUAUUUUGUCUGAUAUUGCUAAGGUCUAUGAUCCCUUGGGUUUUAUUGCUCCAGUUACAGUCUAUGCUAAGUUGAUAAUGCAAGAUAUCUGGAAGGCAAACGUUGACUGGGAUUCUGAGGUGCCUGACGCUAUUUUAUCUAAAUGGAAAUUUUUUUGUGCCAAUCUUGAAUGCUUGAAUGUCAUUUCAGUGCCUCGUCUCAUGGUUAAUACUGACGCAGAGAGGGUUGAGCUUCAUGGCUUCGCAGAUAGCUCCACGAAGGCGUAUGGCUGCGUCGUGUACAUCCGCUGCAGUUGUCCUGAAAAAACUACAGUCCACUUAGUAUGUGCGAAGACAAGAGUUGCUCCUCUCAAACCUGUCACUCUGCCUAAGUUAGAACUUUGCGCUGCACUGUUGCUUGCUAAGCUUAUGAGCACUGUUUCCAAGACUUUAAAUAUUAGUUCUGAGAACUCAUUCUAUUGGACUGACUCCAUGAUUACCCUGUGUUGGAUACAGAGUGAUCCCGCUAGACGAGAUGUUUUUGUAUCGAAUAGAGUUGGCCAAAUACAAAAUUUGUCUCCUAAAGACAAUUGGUUUCAUGUAAAGUCUUCAGAGAACCCUGCUGACAUGGCUUCACGUGGUUUGGAACCACAGGAUCUUUCCAAUUGCAAAUUAUGGUUUAAUGGACCUAACUGGCUUUUUCAAAGUGACUCACCUUGGCUUCAUUCACCUCAAGUGUUUUCUCAGGAUGACUCAGUGGGUGUUGACACUUGUAAUGACAUGCCAAGUGUAGCACUACCUACCUUUGAGGAGACUAAAAACGAUUUUCUUGAAUUAUUUGAGAGAUAUUCGUCUUGGAGUCGAUUGGUUAGAGUCAUGGCUUAUGUACGUCGAUUUAUUAACAAUA